GUUGUAGGAUUGAUGUCUGAGCCUUCGCCGUAGACGGAAGCGUGGUUUGCCCAAGGCCUUGGUUACAGACUGGAAGUUUGGCUGUCAUGUCACUUACAAGUUUAGCACAUAGGACUUAGAGAGCAUCUGAAACUAUUGACUCCCAACAGAUUGACAACCGUAUCUGGGCUGAGUGGAAUCAUAGUCUCAGGCCGGAUUCUUAGAUUUUCAUACAGAAUAGUGGGUGUCACGGGAGUUGGUUGUGGGCCUGGCCGCAGGCCACAGUUUGAUCCCGGCGAGGCUUUCCGCGCCACGUCGGGGUUGCUGAGGACGCCUAGGUCUCUUCCUGUAGGGCCAUGGCGGACUCGAAGCUGCUGGUGCCGGAGCUGAGGGAGGCAGAGAAGAUGGGUGCUGAGACCGCGCGUUUUGAGGAGCUGCUCCUGCAGGCCUCCAAGGAGCUCCAGCAAGUCCAGACAAGCAGACCAGAAUCUACACAGAUCCAACCUCAACCUGGUUUCUGCAUAAAGACCAACUCUUCCGAAGGGAAGGUUUUCAUCAACAUCUGUCACUCUCCUUCCAUCCCUCCUCCGGCUGACAUGACUGAGGAUGAGCUGCUUCAAAUGCUGGAAGAAGACCAAGCUGGGUUUCGCAUCCCCAUGAGCCUGGGAGAGCCUCAUGCCGAACUGGAUGCAAAAGGCCAGGGUUGUACCGCCUACGACGUAGCCGUCAACAGCGACUUCUACCGGAGGAUGCAGAACAGUGAUUUCUUGCGCGAGCUCGUGGUCACCAUCGCCAGGGAGGGCCUUGAGGACAAAUACAGUCUGCAGCUGAAUCCAGAAUGGCGCAUGUUGAAGAACCGGCCUUUCUUGGGCUCCAUCUCCCAGCAAAAUAUCCGGUCCCAGCAGCGUCCUCGGAUCCAGGAGCUGGGAAACCUGUAUACUCCUGACUCCCUGAGACCUGAGGAAGGCCCUGAAAAGCCUCACCUGAACCUUUGGCUGGAAGCCCCUGACCUCCUCUUGGCUGAAAUUGACCUCCCCAAACUGGAUGGAGCUCUGGGGCUGUCGCUGGAGAUUGGGGAGAACCGCCUGGUGAUGGGGGGCCCCCAGCAGCUUUACCAUCUCGAUGCCUAUAUUCCCCUGCGGAUCAACUCUGAGGAGAGCAAGGCAGCCUUCCAUAGGAAGAGGAAGCAAUUGAUGGUGGCCAUGCCUCUUCUGUCGGUGCCUUCUUGACUGUGUUUCUUUCCGUGCUUCCACAUGGAGAAGAGGCUGGCAGUGGCUUCUCUAAAGUUGAAAUAAAAGAUUUUUGCCUUU